AUGUACGUGUCGCUGUGCAGGGGAAUCCCGGAGAGUUCGUUCAGGAAACCGCCGAAACCGCAACCCCAGCAGACACACCGGUUGAAUCUGAGUGGUGGUGGUGGUCCCCCCCGGAGGAAGACGUCUGGUUACGCGCGGCCGCAGUUCACCAGUCCUAUGGAGUUAGAGACGCUAAUGGAGGAAGGGGCUUUGCCCGGGCCAGGUAGCCGAGAAGGCGAAGCGCUGACGGUGGACGACGGCACUCGUGCAUCGCUCUCCAACGGGGACAAAGCUCCGCUUAGCCAUCAGUCACUACAACCACAACAAGAAGAACUCAACUCGUCCGCUGCCAUGAAAUCGAAUUCCGAUCGUCCGCACAGCUCGCUCAACCUUUACCUGGCAGCAUGCACGGUGAACAUGGGCGCGCUAGCUGCCGGCUGUGCACUCACGUGGUCUUCGCCAACCCUGGUGAAGCUUCAAAACGGUGAAACCGGCAUUAAAAUCACAAGCGAUGAAUGCUCCUGGGUGGGCUCACUAGUGACUCUGGGAGCGGCCAUCGGACCUAUACUCGCUGGAGCCCUGCUGGAUCGUUUAGGUCGUAAGAACACUAUACUUUUGAGCAUGAUACUGUCGGCGAUCUCGUGGAUCAUCAUCGGCGCAAUUUCCAACCUCAUAGCGCUGUACGUGGCUCGGGUGUUGGCGGGUAUCGCUGUCGGUGUCAUUUUUACCGCCGUACCAAUGUACAUCGCAGAAAUAGCAGAGAUGCGUCUGAGGUCAUCAUUGGGUACACUGAUGCAGUUCUUCUUGGUUGUCGGAUUUUUGCUCGAAUACAUUGUCGGACCGUACACAUCAUAUCUAACGCUAGCCAUCGUGUCUCUGGCGACGCCCGUUCUGUGCUUCGGCAUGUUCGUGUGGAUGCCGGAUUCGCCACAGUCACUGUUAAUACGGCCUGGGGGAGAGCAGAAGGCCAUGGAAUCGUUGCGGUGGUUGCGCGGUAAUCCACAAGAGACGGCUCUGAUCAAAGAGCUCGAAGAUAUCAAGAAAUCCGUCGACGAGGCGAAGAAACAAAAGUCUAGUUUCGAUGAACUAUUUGCUAACAAGGGAAACAUCAAGGCGGUGAUUAUAUCCUGUGCCAUGGUAGCAUGGCAGCAGCUCAGCGGUAUCAACGUGGUGUUGCUGUACAGUGAAAUAAUUUUUUUGAAAACCGGUGUCGAUCUAUCUGCCAGCGUGUCUACAAUAAUCGUCGGAACGGUGAUGUUGUUCGCUGCUGCUGCGACGCCGACCUUAGCUAAGAAAACUACAAUGAGAAUGCUACUAUACAUUUCUGCAAUCGGAAUGGCAAUUACCGACGGAGCGCUUGGCUUAUUUUUCUAUUUACAAAAUUCAGGAAAGGAUGUGAGUUCUAUUGGAUGGUUACCGGUUACAAGUUUGGUACUUUUCAUCAUCACUUAUUGUCUCGGUUUCGGUCCUCUACCAUGGGCUAUUAUGGGAGAGAUAUUUCCGACCAAUCUUAAGUCUGUGGCAUCAGCUUUAACAGCCAGUUUUUGUUGGCUGCUGGGCUUCGUACUAACGAAGAUGUUUGAUAUGGUGUGCAAUGCUAUUGGCAUACACUUUGUAUUUUGGUUUUUUGCCGUGUGCUGUAUAUUAGCACUGUUGUUUACGGCAUUUUUAUUGCCAGAAACCGAAGGCAAGACACUUCAAGAAAUUCAGGACAUACUGCACGGCAGAAACAAAUCCGAAAACCUCAAAAUGACCAGAGCAUAAUACAUGAUACAAUUUUGUACAAAAGCGACUGAUUAUUUUUCAUUUGAUUAAAACUUGUUUAAAUUGUCUACACGAUAUUUAUAUAUAUAAAACAUAAAUAUAUGUUGCAGAUAACAGCCAAUAUAUUAAUUAGGUAUCGUUAGUUUUAAAAUCCGAUUUUAAGUAUAUCUAUAUUCAUACGAUUCAAUAAUCAUACUGUAAAUUUUGUACUCAAUAUUUUUAUUUUUCAUUUUAUUUUAGAUAGUGAAGACCUUAUUCAUACAUUAUAUGUUUAUUAUUUAAUAUUAUUAAUAUUUAAAAUAAAUUUAUCACACACAAGUAAUUCCAUCCGACA